AUGGCUUCUAAGAAGAAGUGGGGUGAUAGUCGGAGAGAGGGCAUUCGCAGGGACCAGGCGUACUCCAUGCGGGAGGAGUCGUCAGAGGGGCUGGGACAUCCAACCACCAGAGGGCGCUUCUCAGAGUCCUGGAAGAGGCUUAGCUCCAGGGGGGGCUCCACCAAGAGGAGUGCGCUCAACUCCCAGCAGCCACCGUACAAUGGACAGAGCAGCGCUGCUGAUUUAAAAUGGCGAGGCCAAGUUUACCACUCGGGUCCUGGUGAAGACGUUGUGUUGGAGGCCGAACUGUCGCCUUCCUACUCCUAUGCUGUUCCUAUAGGGGGCGCUCUGCAGGAGUGUCUGCCCUAUGAUGAGGACGCUCCCAUCAAUGCAGCACAGCAACACACUCAGGCACAGAAAUCGUGGAUCGAGAGAGCCUUCAACAAGAGAGAAUGUGUUCAUAUCAUAGUGAGUGCCAAAGACCCCCAUAGGUGCUGCUGUGGCCGUCUAAUUGGUCAGCACGUUGGCCUGCCCCCCGGCAUCUCCUCCAGUCAGAAUGACAAGACGGAGCGUCUGGCUAAGAAUGACAGCCUAUCAGAGAAAUGGUCAAUCAGCAAACACACCCAGCUCAGCCCCACCGACGCCUUCGGAACCAUUGAGUUCCAGGGAGGGGGCCACUCCAACAAAGCCAUGUAUGUGCGUGUGUCCUACGACACCAAGCCAGACCUCCUGCUGCACCUGAUGACCAAGGAGUGGCAGCUGGACCUUCCCAAGCUGCUCAUCUCGGUGCAUGGGGGCCUGCAGAACUUUGAGCUGCAGCCCAAACUCAAACAGGUCUUUGGCAAGGGCCUCAUCAAGGCUGCAAUGACAACCGGAGCCUGGAUCUUCACCGGCGGGGUCAACACAGGGGUGAUCCGGCAUGUGGGUGAUGCGCUGAAGGACCAUGCCUCUAAAUCCCGGGGGAAGAUCUGCACUAUCGGCAUUGCCCCCUGGGGCAUUGUGGAGAACCAGGAGGACCUGGUGGGAAAAGACGUGGUCCGACCAUACCAGACCAUGUCCAACCCACUGAGCAAGCUGACCGUGCUCAACAGCCUGCACUCCCACUUCAUCCUGGCCGAUAAUGGGACCACAGGGAAGUACGGUGCUGAGGUCAAACUCCGCAGACAGCUGGAGAAACACAUCUCCCUGCAGAAGAUCAACACACGUAAACAACCCCCUACCCCUAACCUGUCCAAGCUAGAACGAACCCCACGACACUGCUCCAGUAAACACGCUCCUGCCAACCCCGAUCUGCUGGUCCAGAAACAACUCACGCGCCCUACCCCCGACACGUCCAAGAAACAACCAGCCGCCUACCCCCGACACGUGCCAGAAACAACCCCCUACCCCCUGACACGCCAGAAACGAAGCGCCCCAUACCCGCGACACGGCCAAGAAACAACCCGGUCCCGUAACCCCCUCAGGAGACACUCCACAAUCAAGCCCCUACGACCCCGCGUACACUGUGCCAAAGCAACCCCGCACGCCGCGCCACGUGGUCUAAAAAAACAACCCCUCCGUAACCGGGGCGUCGGUACACGCCGAAACAACCCUGUUUUUCCUGGAGGACACCGCUCCACACGCUCUAAUUAA